AAUAUUUACACCAAAGAGAAAGAAUCUUCCAUUGCAAGUCCGAUUCAGUGGGUCAAAAACACUUAAAUAUAGGGGAAAAAGCUGGAAAAGGAUUGCGUUCACAACUUGCCCAUCAUCCUAUACAUUGAGCAUUUUCCCAUUGCUAGUUCCAACGGACAUUUUAUACUUCUCAAAGUGCUUUAUAUUCAAAUUUUAUCUGGGAGAGUGUAAGAAAGCCUCAAGGGCAAGGGAGGAGUGCAUUCACAACUUUGGGUUUCAGUUGUUUCAAUUCAUUCACUUGACUGAGAUUUGAGAGAGAUUUCAUCAUCCCCACUUACAGAAAGAGAGAUGGGGGUGCUUUCAGACAAGAUCAGCAGAGAGCAACUCAAGCCUGGGGAUCACAUAUACUCAUGGCGGACUGCUCACAUCUAUGCGCAUCAUGGGAUAUACACCGGUGAAGGAAUGGUGAUCCACUUCACUCGAGCAUCAGGUCAGGAGAUUGGUACUGGAACUGAGUUAGAUCGUGCCUUUUUCGUAUCAGUUCCUUCUCAUUCUUCGGACACUCCAUGCCCAAGAUGUGGCUAUCAUUUAAGGCUUAGAGGUGGUGUCAUCUCUACCUGUCUUGACUGUUUCCUUGCUGAUGGCGAUCUCUACCUCUUUCGAUAUGAUGUCUCACUGGCAUUUUUUAUUGCCAAGUUUCGAGGAGGAACCUGUACCCUUGCCGCAUCUGACCCACCAGCAGAUGUCAUUCACCGUGCCUCCUUCCUCCUCCAGCAUGGAUUUGGUGUCUAUCAGAUUUUCAAAAACAACUGCGAGGAUUUUGCAGUCUACUGUAAGACAGGUUUGCUUGUGUUCACUAACACCAGUGUGGGCCUGAGUGGGCAGGCAGUGGCCUUGUUUGCUAUUGCCAGCGCUAUCAUUUCUUCGCCGCUUAGAUUUCUAACUACAGGCUUUACUGGUCUAGCAGUAAUAGGUUGGGCUAUGUUUUCUGUUAGUCGGUUAGUUUCUGAUGUUGCAGUGCGACGAGAUGUGAUUAAAGUGUCUGUUGAGAGACUUGUCACCUAUUCUGGCUUAGAUGAGCAGGGUAUAACUAAUACGACCAAGGAAGACUCCAUAACUGAGAUGGCGAUGGAAGACUAAUGUUUGUCCUGUUGUUUCAUAGAUGUGGAAAAUCUGGUCCUCAUUGUAAUGUGGAUUGUUCCUGUCAAAAGCUGUCAAGAUUAAUUGGAAAACUGUCCUUGAUCACAUGUGCCUUUACAAAUCCUUCAAAGGGAUAUAUGUUUUUUACAGGUCUUGAAUAGUGCUCAAUUUCUUACAAUAUAGAUCGAUUAUUCUGUGUCUAUUGUGGAGAUGUUAGGGCGUCCUCUUAUCUCUUU